AUAAAGGCAUGGCCAUGUUUCCUGAGAACGUAUGGACUCGCCGCCGUACGGUCUCAGUAGUCAAGAUGGCGGCGCCUGAGAGACUGUCGGACCUCUAAGCGGGCGACCGACUUGUGUGUCGCGGAGCCGACGCACUGGGCCUGCGCAAUAGGAGUACGGUGCCUGGGAGGAGCGUCGAAAAGCGGAAGUGCUUGUAGGCGCCUUUGCAACGGCCGGGGACGCCGCUGAGGGGGUCUGUGUAGGUUCGCGGGUCGCUGGCGGGGUUCGUGAAGGGGUGCGCUGGGAGCGGAGAGAUGGAGGCGGAGGCUUCAGACCCAGAGCCUCCAGAUGCCGGGGAGGACAGCAAGUCAGAGAACGGGGAAAACGCGCCCAUCUACUGCAUCUGCCGCAAACCAGACAUCAACUGCUUCAUGAUCGGCUGUGACAACUGCAAUGAGUGGUUUCAUGGGGACUGCAUCCGGAUCACUGAGAAGAUGGCCAAGGCCAUCCGGGAGUGGUACUGCCGGGAGUGCCGAGAGAAGGACCCCAAGCUGGAGAUCCGCUAUCGGCACAAGAAGUCACGGGAGCGGGACAGCACUGAGCGAGACGGCAGUGAGCCCCGGGAUGAGGGUGGAGGGCGCAGGAGGCCUGCCCCGGAUCUGGACCUGCAGCGCCGGGCGGGGUCAGGGACAGGGGUUGGGGCCAUGCUUGCUCGGGGCUCUGCUUCGCCCCACAAAUCCUCUCCACAGCCCCUGGUGGCCACGCCCAGCCAGCAUCACCAGCAGCAGCAGCAGCAGAUCAAACGGUCAGCCCGUAUGUGUGGCGAGUGUGAGGCCUGCCGGCGCACCGAGGACUGUGGCCACUGUGACUUCUGCCGAGACAUGAAGAAGUUUGGGGGCCCCAACAAGAUCCGGCAGAAGUGCCGGCUGCGUCAGUGCCAGCUUCGGGCCCGGGAAUCGUACAAGUACUUCCCUUCCUCGCUCUCGCCGGUGACGCCCUCAGAGUCCCUGCCAAGGCCUCGCCGGCCACUGCCCACCCAGCAGCAGCCACAGCCAUCGCAGAAGCUGGGGCGCAUCCGCGAGGACGAGGGGGCAGUGGCAUCAGCAGCAGUCAAGGAGCCGCCUGAGGCUACGGCUACACCCGAGCCGCUCUCGGACGAGGACCUCCCACUGGACCCUGACCUGUACCAGGACUUCUGUGCAGGGGCCUUCGAUGACCAUGGCCUGCCCUGGAUGAGUGACACGGAGGAGUCCCCGUUCCUGGACCCUGCGCUGCGGAAGAGGGCAGUGAAAGUGAAGCACGUGAAGCGUCGGGAGAAGAAGUCUGAGAAGAAGAAGGAAGAAAGAUACAAGCGGCAUCGGCAGAAGCAGAAGCACAAGGACAAAUGGAAACACCCGGAGCGCGCUGACGCCAAGGACCCUGCGUCGCUGCCGCAGUGCCUGGGCCCUGGCUGUGUGCGCGCUGCCCAGCCCGGCUCCAAGUAUUGCUCAGACGACUGCGGCAUGAAGCUGGCAGCCAACCGCAUCUACGAGAUCCUCCCCCAGCGCAUCCAGCAGUGGCAGCAGAGCCCCUGCAUUGCUGAGGAGCACGGCAAGAAGCUGCUCGAGCGCAUCCGCCGGGAGCAGCAGAGCGCCCGCACCCGCCUUCAGGAAAUGGAGCGCCGAUUCCACGAGCUCGAGGCCAUUAUCCUGCGGGCCAAACAGCAGGCUGUGCGCGAGGACGAGGAGAGCAAUGAGGGUGACAGCGAUGACACGGACCUGCAGAUAUUCUGCGUCUCCUGCGGGCACCCCAUCAACCCACGUGUUGCCUUGCGCCACAUGGAGCGCUGCUACGCCAAGUACGAAAGCCAGACGUCCUUUGGGUCCAUGUACCCGACCCGCAUCGAGGGGGCCACACGACUCUUCUGCGACGUCUACAAUCCUCAGAGCAAGACAUACUGCAAGCGGCUCCAGGUGCUGUGCCCCGAGCACUCACGGGACCCCAAAGUGCCAGCUGACGAGGUAUGCGGGUGCCCCCUUGUACGUGACGUCUUCGAGCUCACGGGUGACUUCUGCCGCCUGCCCAAGCGCCAGUGCAACCGCCACUACUGCUGGGAGAAGCUGCGGCGGGCCGAGGUGGACCUGGAGCGCGUGCGCGUGUGGUACAAGCUGGACGAGCUGUUUGAGCAGGAGCGCAACGUCCGCACCGCCAUGACCAACCGGGCGGGCUUACUGGCCCUGAUGCUGCACCAAACCAUCCAGCACGACCCGCUCACAACCGACCUGCGCUCCAGUGCUGACCGCUGAGCCCCAGCGGUCCAGACGCCCUCCUGCCCUGCGCCGCGGGCGGGAGCGGCCCCGGAGCCCCCAUUUGUCUGGUCUGCCAUUCAUGUUCCUCCCACGGUCCCUGAGUUUCUCCCUGCGCCCGUCCACCGUUUGACCGCCUGUUUGCCCUUACCAUAGGGCCUGGGAACUUCCUUACGUCCUUGUCUGUUUCUCUGCCUCUCCGUUCUCUGUGCCUGGGAGGGGCUGCGGAGUCUGCGCACCCUUGCCUCCCCCACUCUGGUUUUGUUAAUAAAAUUUUGAUGAAGCAAGAAAGCUAAA